UAUAACUCAUCAACCAAGAUCAGUCAUGAAGAGCACAUUUGUUUUUCUGCUGCUAGUUUUGUUUGGAAACUUGUCAGUGGAGGCCCUGCAGUGUUUUAGCUGUGUGGGCUCAAACAGUAAUAUUCUGUGCAACCAAAACACAGUGAACUGUUCUUCCUCCAACAACUUCUGCAUGACCACCGUCACCACAUUCGUGGGCUUUCACUCCAUUUCUAAAACAUGCAGCAGCAGCGCGUUGUGUACAGCAAGCUCUUUGACCAACGUCAGCCUGGGAGGAGUAGUGGGCAACCAGGUCACCUGUUGUCAGACCGACCUGUGUAACAUCAACGCCUCGACAGUCUGUGGGCUCAGUGUCCUGUUGUGUGUGGCUUGCCUACUCUCUGGCCUGGUUCUGUCUGUCUGA